CUAAAAUCAUAAAAAAUCGAAAAAAAAAUUAUUCGUCGUCUCGAGUCUUUGAGGGUAAGGAUGGAACAGCAUGAUAUGUCAUUGAAAGUACAAGAUCCAGAAAUUCAUAAAUUGGCUGUGGAAGAAUGGGAUCGUCAACAAUCUGGACUUGAACUAAUAGCUUCCGAGAAUUUCACUUCUGCGGCCGUCAUGCAAGCGCUUGCUACUUGUUUCACGAACAAGUACAGCGAAGGUUUGCCCGGAAGUCGAUAUUAUGGAGGAAAUGAGGUUAUUGAUCGAGUCGAAAGGUUGACGCAACAGCGUUGCCUCGAGGCAUUUGGAUUAGAUGCUCAACAUUGGGGAGUUAACGUCCAACCUUAUUCUGGCUCUUCUGCUAACUUUGAAGCGUACAAUGCACUUUUGAAGCCUCAUCAAAGAAUCAUGGGUUUAGACUUGCCGUCAGGUGGACAUUUGACCCACGGAUAUCAGACGGCGACAAAAAAAGUUUCAGCUACGUCGAUUUAUUUUGAAUCGAUGCCUUAUCAAGUAUCUCCUGAAACAGGAUACCUCGACCUUGAUCAGCUCGCCACCAACGCUCGUUUGUUUCACCCGAAUUUGAUUAUCGUCGGUGCUUCGGCGUAUCCGAGGGAUUUUGACUAUAAACGAUUUCGUGAAAUUGCAGAUGAACAUCAUGCUUAUUUGCUUUGUGACAUGGCGCAUAUUGCCGGAAUUGUCGCGGCCAAAGAAUGCAAUUCUCCAUUCGAAUGGUGUGAUGUUGUCACCACAACGACACACAAAACUCUUAGAGGACCUCGUGCUGGUUUGAUUUUCUUCAGACGCGGGCCAAAAAUUGUUAGCUAUUCGCCUCUUCAAUACAGCAGCAGCGAGGUCUAUGACUUAGAAGCCAAAGUGAACGGCAGUGUCUUUCCGGCGUUGCAAGGUGGCCCCCACGAAAACACCAUCGCGGCUGUUGCCGUGGCCAUGAAAGAGGUGGCGUCUUUAGAGUUCAAGCGUUACAUUCGUCAAGUAAAACUUAAUGCGAAGGCGCUAGCUGAAUCGCUCAAGGCUCUGGGAUACUGCCUGGUCACAGGUGGGACUGACAAUCAUCUUUUACUAUGGGACCUUCGUCCCCACGGCAUAACCGGAUCAAAAAUGGAGAAGUUGUACGACAAGAUUUGUAUAUCCGUCAACAAAAAUACCGUCCAUGGUGACGUGAGUGCAUUUUCUCCCGGAGGCGUCCGUUUGGGAACCCCAGCUCUCACUACUCGUGGCCUUGUUGAAAAAGAUUUCGAAUUUAUCGCGACAUUCCUGGAUCGAGGAGUCAAAAUCGCUCUUCGUAUUCAGAACACCGUUGGGAAAAAGCUGUCGGACUUUGAGGCCGCUCUCAAAGAGGAUCCAGAACUCACCCAACUGAAACAAGACGUCCAAACGUACGCCAGACAGUUCAAAUUACCUGGCAUACGGCAGCUAUAACUGCAAAACAUGUAAUAAAUAAAGCGUAAAAAAAUACAAAUUUAAGAAA